AUGUUAAUAACAUCCGUGCUCGUGUUUGCAAUGUGUUUCACCCUGCGUGAAAUCGUCGCCACGGAAGAAACGCCUGAAAAAAAAGGAUUAGAAGAUGCUCCGGCGGCAGAAAUCCUGCCUGAACGUCAGAAAAGGUCCCGCGAAAAUAUAACGAAUGUCAUCCCAAACCUGAAUAAUGUUCAUCAACGACUGCAAGCUUUGGAGAAAAAGCUGGAAACAUUGCUAAGACCUAAAUAUGGGGAUUCAUGGUUCUCGAGCUACUUUUUGGGAGGGAAUGGUCGGAAUAACGGACGAGGCAUUGUUGGACCCCCAGGACCCCCGGGGAAAGAUGGAGCAGUUGGAAAACCUGGAAAACCCGGCAAGUCUGGGAUAAAGUAUGUUCGUUGGGGAAGAACGACGUGUCCCAGUGGUGCUCAGAUUGUUUACAAAGGAUUGAUUGGUGGUGGAUAUUACCUUAACCAAGGUGGUGGAGUGGACUAUCUCUGUCUUCCAAGCAGUCCAAAGUAUGACAAGUACAAAGACGGAGGGCAGAACUCGGGAUACAUGUAUGGUGCUGAUUAUCAAGUAUCCACUUUCAACCCUUUUAAGAAAAACCUCCAUGACCAUCAUGCACCGUGCGUGGUAUGUUUUGUCAAGUCUCGUGCCUCAAUGCUCAUGAUGCCCGCAAGAAAUGAUUGUCCAUCUGGCUGGACCGAGGAGUAUCAUGGGUACUUGAUGACUGCAUACCGGAGCCACAAGAAGCAACACAACUUCAUAUGUGUUGACGAGGACGCGGAGUCUUACUCAGGUUCUAAGGCAAAGAAACAUGGUGCAUUACUGUACCCCGUGGAAGGUGUUUGUAACUCACUCCCGUGUCGUCCAUAUGUAGAUGGACGAGAGUUGACCUGCGCUGUAUGCACCAAGUAACAUGAUGGCCGAUUCUUCUCGUUCUCAAAGGGCCACCAUUAAACUCUGGGAUUCUGAUUUUAUAGAUUUUAGUGAUUAUUUUGUCCAAAGAAAAGGUGCUGGUUGUAUGAA